AUGCCUAGAGAUAUCAUAUCGUUGGAUGACUUGACGUCAAAUAACAUCGGAGUGUUUAAAAAGAUAAAUGAAGUGAGUUUGCCAACUACUUAUCCUGAGUCAUGGUAUAAGGAUUCGUUAAAUAGUGAUCAAAUCGUGAAGUUGGCAUUUUAUUCAGAAUUACCUGUCGGAGCAGUCAAAGGUAAAGCCAUUAAUACGACGCAUAAGACUGAUAGCUACGAAGUGAGCCAACAGCUGCAAUUACCAUCGGAGGCUAUUCCCAAUGCAAUCUAUUUAGAAAGCUUUGCUGUCUUGAAGGCCUACAGGAACUUGGGUAUCGGUGCCAAACUCUUGGAAUAUGUGAUUGCAGAAACCAAGAGAAGGUUUAUACACGAAAUCAUGUUACAUGUCCACGUAGAGAAUUCCCAGGCAAUUGAGUGGUACUUGAAACAUGGUUUCAUUAAGAACGGUGAGGUUAAGGAAUAUUAUAAAGAACAAGGAUUAUCGAAUCCCGAUGCGGUAAUAUUGUCCAUUAAAGUUUAA